AUGCUACGCGUCGUCCGGCGGCAAUUUCCGCUGGCCCCAGGCUUUGCAACGACUGCCCACGCCGCACAGGGUCAAACCUACGCAGAGGGUGCAAUGACAGACAUGCAAAUCGGCGAAGGCGGAGGCCCCAUGACAGCGUACAUUGCGGUGACACGGGGCUCUGUUGUUGCAGACCUGGCGUGGGGACUGCAUCGAUUGGGCAACGCACGCGCUACCGAGAAGAAGAAGAAGCGUGCAGCCAGUGCCGCGAACGCAAGCCCAAAAGCGGGUCCGUACACUGCAGGGCAGUGGAAACGGGAAGCAGCCGCGCGGGUGUGCAGAGAAUGCGUGCGUAACCAUGCGGCAAACAACACGCCGUGGCAAUGCAGCGUAUGCAAAGCAUGGCAGGACGAGGCCGCCUUUGCAAAGCAAUACGCGCGCCCACAGUGCACUUUCUACCGCGUGUGCCACACGUGCGAAGUGCAGAAGCCGUGCUGCAAGUGCGGCGUGGCAAAGCCGGCGAGCGCGUUUGGAGCUUCUGCGUGGAAGGCGCGAAAUGCAGACCGACGUUGUUGCAAGGACUGCGCAGUGAAAGUGACAGGUCACUGGCGCUGCGGAGUGUGCAGUGAGCAAAAAGCACGCGAGCACUUCAGCGCGUGGACACGGCAAAGCACGAGGCAAAAUGGAAAGCAGCGUUGCAAUCCGUGCUUCCAGGCAACGGAAAUACGGGCGGCUGCAAAGAAGGCAAAGGGCAGACUAUACAAGCUGCGAGUGCAGGACAAGAGACAGCAGGUAAUCAGGUGCAUUCGGGCAGAAAGCCCGGACAGCGUACGGCCGUUGCUGCGAAGAAGCGUGAUUCGACAAGCGAUACGCCGUGCGACUGCAUGGCAGACGAAGGUAGCGGAGGAAAAGAGACAGCAAGUCAUAGCUCUUGUCAGGGAAGAGAUCGCUGACCGUGCGCAACAGAUGGAAACACAACCAGAGAAGCAAGCAGAGCCGACAGAGACAAAGACCCCGCCCCGCACAGCGACGACGCGAGCAGCGUCGGAAGAGCCAGCAGCAAAGCGUGCAAAACACGAGUCGGUCAGAAACAAUAUGCACACAGAGCAAUAA